GAGACUCUCAGCAGCGGCUCCCGUAUUUGCAUUUGAUGCAGACUUCAGUCGCGCGACCGCAACACCGCGGAGGCUUCUGAACUUCACAAAACUUUGCCGUUAGCAGAGCUAACCAUUUGCGGAUAACUGAGUGCUUAGAGCACUGCAUUGAUUUUUGGUACUCGGAUUUAAAAGCCGGGUUUAGACAAUUUUUUAGUUCGGAAUUGCUUAAAAAGCGCAGCGACGAGCGAGUCCAGACGGACUACUUUCUGUGGCGUAGCAGCAUAAACUCCAAGGAGCAACAGACUACCGGUGCGCAGUCGGCUGUUCAGCUCGAUUCAAGGCGAAGGAGAGCGCCGAAAACGGGGGAGUUUAAACCAAGAGAUGCGCUACAGUGGCGUUUAAUAAACACAAAGACCCAUUUUGGGGGGGCGUUAUUUGUUUGUUUUUUAUUUUCUGUUGAAUAAAACCCCAAUAUAUGCAGCUUGGACCCUCUUAGGGGUGCUAUUUCUGGGGACUUUUUCGACACUGGACAGACUUGACCGAACUCUGAAAGAUGUCAAUUCUGCCUUUCACUCCCCCCAUCGUUAAAAGACUUCUGGGCUGGAAGAAGGGAGAGCAGAACGGCCAGGAGGAGAAAUGGUGCGAGAAAGCGGUUAAAAGUCUCGUGAAGAAGCUGAAGAAAACUGGGCAGCUAGAUGAACUGGAGAAAGCCAUCACCACGCAGAAUAUCAACACAAAAUGCAUCACUAUACCGAGGUCCCUCGAUGGCCGCCUUCAGGUGUCCCACAGGAAGGGCCUGCCUCACGUCAUCUACUGCCGGCUGUGGCGCUGGCCCGACCUGCAGUCUCACCAUGAGCUGCGAGCAGUGGAGCUGUGCGAGUACGCCUUCCACACCAAGAAGGAUGAAGUGUGUGUCAACCCAUACCACUACCAGAGAGUAGAGACCCCAGUCCUCCCACCGGUGCUGGUGCCCAGGCACACAGAAAUCCCCAGUGAGUUCCCCCCGCUGGACGACUACAGCCAUUCAAUCCCCGAAAACACCAAUUUUCCUGCCGGCAUCGAGCCCCAGAGCAACUACAUACCAGAAACGCCACCGCCGGGCUACCUCAGUGAAGAUGGAGAAACUAGUGAUCACCAGAUGACCCACAGCAUGGACACAAGCUCCCCAAGCCUGUCACCGAACCCCGUCUCACCCACACACAGUAACUUAGACCUCCACCCUGUGACAUACUGUGAGCCGGCCUUCUGGUGCUCUAUUUCAUACUACGAGCUGAACCAGCGAGUAGGAGAGACCUUCCACGCCUCGCAGCCCUCGCUGACAGUGGAUGGAUUUACAGACCCCUCCAACUCAGAGCGUUUCUGCCUCGGCCUGCUAUCCAACGUCAACCGCAAUGCAGCAGUGGAGUUAACACGCAGGCACAUAGGUCGAGGUGUGCGGCUGUACUACAUCGGAGGAGAAGUGUUUGCAGAAUGUCUCAGUGACAGCGCUAUCUUCGUCCAGAGCCCCAACUGUAAUCAGCGUUACGGUUGGCAUCCGGCCACAGUCUGCAAAAUCCCCCCAGGAUGCAACUUGAAGAUCUUCAACAACCAGGAGUUUGCUGCCCUGCUGGCACAGUCGGUCAACCAGGGCUUCGAGGCUGUCUACCAGCUCACCAGGAUGUGCACCAUCCGUAUGAGCUUCGUCAAAGGCUGGGGAGCUGAAUACAGGCGACAGACGGUGACCAGCACCCCCUGCUGGAUCGAGCUGCACCUGAACGGCCCGCUGCAGUGGCUCGAUAAGGUGCUGACACAGAUGGGUUCUCCCACCAUUCGAUGUUCCAGCGUCUCUUAGGGCCCUUCCCGUUCCACACAUUUCUCUCUCUCUCUACAACCCUCCAAAUGUUGCAUCGCAUUUAGUACAGAAAGAUGAUGAGCCCCCACUUUCUUUCAGCCACUUCUCCCCCACCCCAACACCUGCUGUCAGAAGCACUUUGUAGACACUUUGUGGCAAAAAGGGGACGAAGUGCAUUAACGUCGUACCACAUUAGUAGGAUCUCAACCUGUUGUUUGGCAUCGAACCAGAAACUUUACAGUUUUUCUUUCUUUCUUGAUUGAAAUUUGCUUUUCAUAUUUUUGUAGACAUUUGGAAUUGAACAGUGGAUUUGAUAAAUUAUUUUCUAUGUAAUUAUUAUGUCCGAAAUAGAGAAAAACAUGUAAGAUCGUUUUAAAGUGUAUUUCAUGUCUUGUUUUGGGGCAUUUCACAGAUGUUGAAGACGUCUAUAGCUGUUUAAGCAAUUGAAAGCAGACUGAAAGCAAUUUAUUUGAUAACAUCUGCAAUGACUGUCUGCAGGACGUUACUGCAGAGAGGGUAGGAAUAUCUGUUAUGGUUGUAUGCUUUUGUAUUUUAAAUGCAAUUAUCAUUCUGGUUAAAGAGACAAACAGAUCAAUGUAAGGCUGUGUUUUAGUGAUAGUAAGAGCGUGAAAUGUAAAAAAAAAAAGAAAAAAAAAGCUGAAAACGAA